AAAAAGAAUUGGGAAGAUUAGAAAACAAACUUAGAUACAAAUUUUUAUUUUAUAUCAAUAAUUCAAAUUGUUUUUAAUAAUUUAUAUUAAUUUGUACGUGUAGAGACUGGAGAUUAAGUACGAAACUACGAGGUAAUGUUUACGCAUAAUUUAUGAUAGCAAUAACUAACAGGAAAUUCCUAAAUAUUCAUUAGUCAAUCUUCAUAAAACAUUGGCAUAUAAAUAUUAUUGGAUUUUGUGAAAAUAAUACAUAUUAUGAUUCUGAUUACUCGAUGUCACUACAGAUAUAUAAAAAUGCGUAAACAAAAGCUUUAGCAAUAUCCAAUGUAUGCAAUAUCCUUGAAUGGUGACAAUUUUGCUCAUUUAGUCUAAGGAUAUGUUUUCUUUUAUUUUUAUUUUUCUGACGUAGUUUAAUUUAUUAUUCUUACCUGGUUUACUGACGUGAAGUGGAUAUUCUCUCCAUUCUACCUUGCUUCAGCUUAAUAGCAAACACAGUCUCUCAAAAAUGCCCUGUUAGAAGAGCUCAAAGAUUUCAAGUCCUGGCUACUUAUAUCCUAGUUUAAUUUAAAAAUCAAAAUUCUUAAUUUGUAAAUAUGUCUACAGAUAGGUAUGAUGGGUAGUAACAGUAGCAGUGUUUCCAACUAUGUCUUGUUUUAUUGCUUACAAUUUUGAGGGAGUUGAAGCAUGCAGUUAGAAUUAUUGUAAAAUUACAUUUUUUCCAAUAAAUUACAAGUCUUUUACAUGCAUAAGCAAAUCGGAUGCAUUAAUAGCUUUAUAGUUUAUGAAUGUUUGUGUUGUGUUGUGUCAGGUGUUGCGGUCGUGUGGCGUGGCGCUCGAGUGUGAUGCGCGGCGGGCGGAGCGCUGGUCGCCGGCGCCGCGAGUAGUCGCGACCAUGCGGGGCCGAGCCGCGCGCGCCGCCGCCGCCGCCCUCAUCGUCUGCUCGCUUUUAACUACGGCACACGCCUCAUCCGCUGUCAUCAAAGGUCAGCGGGCGCCGUGCUCCAACGAAGGUGAGCCUGUGAAGCUGCAGGACGCCAGGCUGGAGCAGGACUGGAGUAGCUGCUUCCGUUGUAUUUGUAAGAACGGCUUCGUGGAGUGCCGGAGUGGUGUGGAGGAGUGCGGGCAGAUGGACGACUGCGCGGUGGUGAUGCUCGCGAGGGUUGCUGCGCGAAGUGCAAGGGUUGCUG